UUUAACAAAUCAAGAGAGUGUGAGCCCUUUUCUCCUCCCUCUAUCCUCGCUAUCUCCGAUCUACUCCUCCACCAUCUCCGCCGUUAUGGCUAACCGUCCCCAUCCUCCUCUCCUCAAUGUCCUCCUCCUCCUCCCAAACCCUAACUCACCUCGAUAGCCCCUCCUUUGCCGCGUGACCCCAAAACCCACAUGACUCAACCAAAACCUCUUUGCUUCCCCAGAUCUUGCAGAUGAUAUGUGGGUACGAGAGAAUAGCGAGAAGCUAGGGUUGUGACUGAGCAGCCAUGAGCCAGUUGAGAUAGAACUAUUGCGAUGGCGGGGAUAGAGAGAUAUGAAUGCUGAACGGGAAUCGAUUCGCAAAAGCAGCUUCUCUCUCUCAUCUGCAAUAUCACCUCUUAACAAUCUCGUGGAGGCAAGGAUUGGUCUUCUUCAGCUUGAAGUUUCUACUAUUGGCAGUGAGAUUGAUGCUCUUAAGAACAAGGAAGGAUUACUCAGAUCAGUUUAUAAGCCAAAUGGAAGAGCUGAACAAGGAAAUAAGGUUCACUUUGAUUCUCCUGUAUUUUUAAUGUUUCUGCUGAUGCAACCCAUCAAAGUUGCUUGGUUUGGGUAAUAGGGAGUUUCAGAAAAAAGUAGAAUCAAGUUUGAGUAAUGAUGAUAGACCCAUUACAGCAAGCGAGUAGCUAAAGUUUACAGUUUACUCUUCUUUUCUGAUUUUUCACUGUUUAUUAAGAGAUAAUGGCUUGCGGAUAUGUUUUAUAAUAGCUUUUGAGGAUAGACACGGAGCUGAUUCAGAAGCUAUUAAGAGAUAAUGACAAGUGAAGUCACCAGCGGAUGUGGAAGGCUGAGAAGGAUGAAGUUGUUGUCUCAGGUUUCUUUCAUCCCUCUUUUCUGUGGUAUAAGACUUGGCUUCUAUGUACUCAUAUAUCUUCUAUUUGUAAGUGGUUCUUAACUCUGUCUAAGAAUUUAAAACUCUUAUCUUUCUUGAAUGUAUGAUAUUAA